AUGCUUGGUGAGCACUGUCCAGGCAGUAUUUGGCGUCAUGCUGAUGUGGAUCUUUCUGGUCUUGGUGGCUGCCCUGCUGGCUGCUUUUCUGAAGGUGAUAGGCCACCGCUGGGGCUUCCUGUGGUUCCUCCGUUCCGACCCAGCAAGGAAGCCCGUAUUUUCAUUCCUGCUGGUUGCAAUGUGGAUAUCCAAAUCAUGUGCUUCACGGUUGCCCCCCUGGUGGAGUACUUCAGUACCGUGGUGGCCGCAGUCACGCUGAGCCUUGUGAUCCUGAUCGUUUGGUCCCUCGUGAUGUUCUUCCUGCUGAAGAUGGAGCGGGUUGUCCUGGUGUCCCCCGUAGUGCUCUAG